UAUAGCUUGCUUGCUGCCGCUGUCCAGAACAGCGGUCAAGUCGAAUAUGCCCGAGAAGCCCGAUUGUCGCCCAGUCCGCACAACAUUGAACUUUAUCAAAGUUAAGGGAGAUGGCUCGGAUGAUUUUGUGUCCUACAUGGACAAGCCGGAGACACAUGCAAAACCUUGUGACAAAAGAGAGGUGACAGUCUUCGAUGUCAGCGGUCACGAGGAGCACUUUACGCUUGAACAGCAUGGCUUUCAAUGGCUCCGACACGCUUCGGGGUUCGAGGACUUUGAAGACGAACGCCUCAUCAAGAAGAUCUACUAUGCCGAGACGGAGAAGCUGCUAAGCGACUUGCUCGGUGUCAAGCGUGUUGUGGCUGCCAAUCACAACGUCCGCCGCGGGAACAGGGCUGAUUAUCCAAAACAGCCCUGUCACAGAGUGCACUUUGACUCGUCCAUCCCCUACGCUCACCGGCUCAUUCACGAAGUCUUCCCCGACGAGGCCGAGGAGCUCUCCAAGUCCCGCGUGGUCUUGGUCAACGUCUGGCGGCCUCUGGCGCCCGUCCUUCGGGAUCCUCUGUGCGUAGGCGAAGCCCAUAGUGUUCCUCCCGAGGACGAGGUCACCAUUACCAUCCGACACAGCACAGAUGAGUCUAUUCCAGAGAUGGAGACUAACGAGGUCCGAUAUGGCGAGGGCCAUGAGUGGUUUUACAAGUCGGGCAUGAAACCUGACGAAGUCUUGAUCUUCAAGACCUUUGACAGCAAGACAGACGGCAGAGCCAGGAGGGUAGCACAUUCUGCAUUUGUAGAGCCCCCAAUCAACGAAAAUGCGCCCGGGAGACAGAGCAUCGAAGCGAGAGCGUUUGUUUUCUAUGAGAACGAGGCCUGGGAUUAGGGCUACACUUUCAUGUACUGCCAUGUACAGUCAGUAUAUCUCUGUAGAGAGACAGAGACAGAGAGACAAAGAGAGAGAGAGAGAGAAUGUGGACUCGGAUUCAUCAGGAUCGUUCGGGCUCCGAGACUUCUUGGUGUGUCAGCUGACAUGGCAGAGCCUGGUGACUAUCGAGUGUAGUUCUUGGCUUCUUCCUUUUAGAGGCAGGCAAAAACACUGAUUGAGGCUCUAGAGAGACAGUAGAUUAUCACGAUCUGGACAUAACCACCAGUUUCACUGUCCCCAUGUGACGGUCACUACAAGAGGAAGAAUUGAUUGAUCGAUUGAAAAUAUUUAACGCCUGUUACGUCCAG